AUGCCAGCCGAGGCAAUUAACUUUGUCUUUUUAACAUUGAAGUCUGAAUGGUCUGCUUCGGAUAUAUUGAAUAUAGUGCAACAGAUCUUUCCAGACAUUGGCUGUAAACGCGACUCGCCAUUCGAGUCAAACGUCACAGAAAAGUAUCUAUUAUUAAAAUGA